CCAUAAACAGAAGAAGAGAACCGAGCUGCUAAAGGGAAGUGCGGCAGCUGCAGCGCGUGUUCUGUUACCGUGAUUUUCUCUGUUAAGAAGUAUCACCGCCUGUGGUUUUCCAUCUCCUUUGAUAACUAAAAUAAAUUAUUUUUGGUGUGUUGUAUACGACAUAGCGUAAUGGCCACGGAUUCCGGCUACGGUGGUGGCUCUCAAAGCUAUGGGUCAUAUGGAGGCGGAGGAGGAGCACCUCAGCAGGGGGGACAGGCUUAUGGACAAGGAAAUACGAGUGGCCCUUAUGGGGGACAGACCUACGGUGCUUAUGGUCAGCAAGGUGGAGCUCAAGAUGGUUAUAGCCAGCCUCAGCAACAGAGUUAUGGUAGCUACGGACAGGAAACAGCUGGGUACGGUGACAAAAUGCCUUAUGGGCAGCAAGGAUCUGGUUCUUAUGGGGGCCAGGCACCAGGAGGAGAAAGCUAUGGUCAGCAAAGCUCCUACGGAGGACAAGCUGGAGGUGGAUAUGGUGCUAGCCAGGGACAAGGAGGCAGUGCUGCUCCUGGAGGUGGUGGUUAUGGACAGCAAAGCUCCUAUGGCAGUGGACAGGGCAGUGGUGGAUAUGGUGGUGGCCAGGGACAGGGAGGAGGAGGAGGAGGAGGCGGCAGCGGCGGCUAUGGAAGAUGGAGUGAAGGUGAAAGUGGAGGUCAGGGUGGACGUUAUGGACGGGACAAUGCAGACCGUUCAGAUGGAGGUGGCUUCAGGGGGCGUGGCCGCGGCAGCUUUGAUCGUGGCGGCUACGACCGCAGCAGUGGCUUUGACCGUGGCAGCAGGGGUGGACCGCCUGGUAUGGGAGGUGGUGACCGUGGUGGCUACAAAAAUUUUGGUGGCUCUCGAGACUACGGCUCACGGGAUGACUCAGGUGGAGAGCAGGACAACUCGGACAACAACACUAUUUUUGUUCAGGGGCUUGGAGAAGAGGCCACAGUCCAGGAAGUUGGAGACUACUUUAAACAAAUUGGUAUAAUCAAGGUCAACAAGAAGACCGGCCAACCAAUGAUUAAUAUCUACUCUGACAAGGCCACAGGCCGGCCAAAGGGAGAAGCUACAGUCUCGUUUGAUGACCCUCCCUCUGCCAAGGCGGCUAUUGACUGGUUUGAUGGAAAGGAAUUCAAUGGCAAGCCAAUCAAAGUCUCAUUUGCCACCCGUAGAGCAGAGUUCACACAGAGAGGAGGUUUCAGAGGGGGACGAGGAGGUUUCAGGGGUCGUGGCGGUGGUGGUGGUGGGGGAGGACCCAACUUUGAUGUUAAAGGAGGAGACUGGCCUUGUCCAAACAGCUCUUGUGGCAACAUGAACUUUGCACGUCGACAGGAGUGCAACAAGUGUGGAGCGCCCAAACCAGAUGAUGGUGGUUUUGGAGGUGGAGAUCGCGGAGGCAGAGGUGGCUUUGGAGGAGACCGAGGCGGUGGCUUCAGGGGCCGCGGAGGGUUCCGUGGUGGAGACCGUGGUGGCUUUGGAGGUGGUGACCGAGGUGGAGGAUUUGGGGGUGGCUACAAAAUGGGUGGAAGAGGUGACCGUCGGGAUGACAGAAGAGAUCGGCCAUACUAGACACCACGCGAAGACAAACCAUUCCGGCCCUCUAGUUUGCCAUUGGGGGGGGGGGGGGGGGGGUUGCUAGGGAAGAGAGAGAUGUGUGAAAUGUGACUUUUCUGUUUUUGUAGCCUGUCCAUUCUGAGUGUUACUUUUCAUCUGUAAGUGAGCGGUUAUGGAGUUGAUGUGAAGAGUCUUUGGGGACGGUGGGCACUGUCUGCAUGUGGCGUUUAUUUUUCUGUACAUUUUUAUUUUUCUGAGACUAGAUGCAUAUGGUUUCAGGUAGACUUUUGAACCAUUGUUUUUGUAUGAGUGAAAUAAAACAUUUUACUUAUU